AUGAAAUCCUCUGCCACCUAUGAGCUACUAGUGGAUGGUGUUGGGCCAUGGGACUUCACUGGCGGUUUCGUUCCUUGUGAGCUGCUACUUGUUGGAGAGGAUGCCUUCCCUGUGCUUGUGAGCUCCAAGAAGCAGGUUCUGAUCGCUGUUUCACAGUAUGGGAAGGGCCGAAUGGUGGUUGUUUCCCAUGAAGGAAUCUUGAAGGACUCCAAGUUUUCCCAGUUCCUCAGAAAUGCUGUGAAGUGGCUCAAGCCUUCUCCAGAGGCCCUGGUUGGGGUACAUCCUCGUUUGGAUUCCCUGUCCCAGCUGUUGCUCAGGGCUGGCACCAAAGUAGAGGCUGGGGCAGAGCUCAGCCCCUCCCUGGGGGUGUACUGUGUAGAUGCCUAUGACAGCACGCAGGCGAAAGACCUGGUUCGCUUUGUAAAGGAGGGUGGAGGGCUGCUCGUUGGUGGCCAGGCCUGGCACUGGGCUAGUCAACACGGCAAGGAGAAGGUGCUCUUUGAAUUCCCCGGGAACCAAGUGACCAGCGUGGCUGGAGUGUACUUCACGGGAAACACCGUGGAGAAAGGCAUCUUCAAAGUUGCCAAGAAAAUUGCCAAGAUCCCCUUAAUUGUCCCGCACCAGGCCAAGCUCAGCCUCGAUACUGAGUUUCUCCUGCGUGGUGUGUCGGAGCUGGAUUUGGUGACAGGUGGCAUACCCUCCAUCUUGCUCGUGCAUGGUGUCCUCUCCUUCCCGCUCUGCCUGGACAGCUCACACCGCUGCCUCUUAGCUGCAGCGCACUACGGCCGAGGCCGCGUUGUGGUGGCAACCCACGAGAGCCAGCUGUUCUCCCCAAAGCUGGCCAGAUUCCUGCUCAACGCUGUCUGCUGGCUGGAUGCUGGGAGGAAGGGGCUGGUGGGUGUGGAUGGCAGCCUGAAGAAACUCCUUAGCCUCCUCUCUCAGGAAGAGGUGAAGUGUCAGUUGUCACCGCUGACAGGCGACAUCAGCGUGUACUGCUGCUCUUCUUACAGCGACAGAGAGGCGGAGAGGGUUCACGCUUUCGUGGUGGAGGGAGGUGGCCUACUGAUUGGAGGCCAGGCCUGGUACUGGGCUUCCCAGAACAAGGGCGAAGCUGCUGUGGCAAAAUAUCCUGGCAACAGGAUCCUGAAUCGCUUUGGGCUGAGCAUCCUGGGGCAGAGCAUCCAGGCUGCCAAGCAGCCGGCCGUGGGGUCGGGGGAGCACUACCACUUCCGCAAGGCGCUCGCUCUUUUCAACGGGCACGUGGGCAGGCACGAGGAGCUCAAAGCCCCCUUGAAAGACUGGUUGCAAAGGCUAGCACAAGACUGUGCUGCCUUUCUGCACAUUCCAGCCCAUGACUGCCCUGCGUAUGCCUCGCUUCACCGCAUCCUGACCAAAGUCCUUCAGAGAAGUGGGAUCCCACGCGUCAGCCGGUACCGCCCUGUCAAGAGCAACUCCAAAGAGGCAGUCCUUCUCUGCAUGGCAACCGAGCUGUCCCUCACCAUGACGGACAGCGCAGUCCUCGUGCAGAAAUCUGCUGCUGGGGUCUGUGGCCCCCCCAUCACUGUGGAAAUUAAUGGUACAAACCCAGGUAAGACAGCCUGGAGGAGUACGGGACUCUACCUGCCUGAAGGGCACACGGCAGUUAUAACAUUCCCUUGCCUGCUGGUGGGUUCUGGUCUGAAGGUGCAGAUUGGGUGUCACACAGAUGACCUCUCUCAUGCCACUGAGCUGAAACGGGCCCCAGUGGUGACACGCACCUGUGAUAUUGCCUGCCAGAAACAAUCUAUUUCCUGCCUCUGGGGUGGCCUCAUUUACAUCGUAGUACCACCAAAGAGCAUCCUGGGGAAAGUGGACAUCACAGUAGAAGGGGCAGUCAGAGCUCCUUUCUUCAAGCUUGGGGAGACCUGUGAAGAACAGUGGAAGGCCUGUAUCCGGCACUACCCUGCUCCCUGGGCGGAACUGGCUGUUGAGAAUCUCAUCCUGACAGUGCCAUCUGAUAGCAUCCGCCACAUAGAGAACCCCCAGCCACUGCUGACCCUGUGGAAUGAGAUCAUGGUGGCAAUAAGUGAAUUGGCAGCAAGGCCAACAAAAUUCCCAAGGCCAGAGAGGAUUGUAACAGAUGUCCAGAUCUCAUGUGGCUGGAUGCAUGCUGGCUACCCCAUCAUGGGCCACCUAGAUUCGGUGAAGGAGAUGUUAGACAUGAAACAUAUGAAAACUACUGGUCUUUGGGGUCCUGUCCAUGAGCUGGGACACAAUCAACAGCAGCAAGCAUGGGAGUUUCCCCCUCAUACCACAGAGGCUACCUGCAACCUCUGGUCUGUCUAUGUUCAUGAGAAGGUGCUGGGGAUUCCCAGGCAUCAGGCCCAUCAGGCACUUAGGUCGCAAUGUCGGGAGGAAAGGAUAAGGAAAUAUCUGAAGAAAGGCACUCAACUAAAGGACUGGGAGGUGUGGACUGCUCUGGAGACAUACCUGCAGUUGCAGGAAGGGUUUGGUUGGGACCCUUUCAUCCACCUCUUCUCUGACUACCAGAAAAUGUCCACCAUCCCAAAAGACAACACUUCUAAGAUGAACUUGUGGGCACAGAAGUUUUCUCAGCAGGUGAAUAAGAACCUGGCUCCGUUUUUUACAGCCUGGGGAUGGCCUAUCAAGAAAGAGCUGUCUGUGGAACUGUCGUCUUUACCCACCUGGGAACAGGACCCAAUGAGAUCCUAUAGACCAUGA